GGCACCCCGAGGAGCUCUCGCUGCUGCGGCCGCCCGAGGAGGAGGAGGAGGAGGGGGGGGGCGGGGAGGAAGGGCCGCAGCGGCCCCCCGCCCCCAGACUUCGACCUCACCCACCUCCCGCUGCCCCCGGACGAUGAGGGGUCGAAGCCGGGGCCCCUCCCCCAGCUGCCCCCCGACUGUUACCGGAUGCUGGUGGCCCCUCGGGGGGGGCUGGGCCCUGUCGCCCCCCCCCCGGCCCCCCCGCGGGAACCCAGUGCUGCGCCGCACCCGCCUGCACGCGCGGUGGCUGGACUCCUCGCGCUCGCUGCUGGAGCAGGACGUGGCCGAUGAUGAGGAGCUGCUGCUGCGCUUCAAGUACCACUGCUUCCUCGACCUCGACCCCCAGCGGGACGCCCCGCGCCUGGCCCUGCUGUACGAGCAGGCGCGCUGGGCGCUGCUCACCGAGGAGACGGACUGCACCGAGGAGGAGAUGCUGCUCUUCGCUGCCCUGCAGUACCACAUCGAUGAGGCGGGGGGCAGCGGGGAGCCAGGCGGGGCGGGGGGGGGCGACGACCUGGACGACCUGGACGCCGCCCUCAGCAACCUGGAGGUGAAACUGGGGGGGGAGCCCGAGCCCCCCAGCCCACUGGAGGAGCUCACCCCCGUCCCCGAGCUGGCGGAGGAGCUGGAGAUCUACAGGCCGCGCAAGCUGACCCUGCGGGGGUUCCGCCCCGCCUGGGCCGUGCUGAAGGAGAUGCAGCUCUCGUACGGCCGCAGCCCCCCGACCCCGGGGGAGCCCCUGCAGCAGCUCAACCUCAGGGGCUGUGAGGUGACCCCCGACGUGGAUGUGGGGGCGCAGAAGUUCUGCAUCAAACUGCUGGUGGCGGCGCCCGAGGGGAUGAGCGAGAUCCAGCUGCGCUGCCGCGACGCCCCCCAGUACGCGCGCUGGGUGGCCGGGUGCCGCCUGGCCUCCCGCGGGCUCUCGCUGGCCGACGCCUCCUUCGGGGCGGAGGUGCGGGGGGUGCUGGGGGUCCUGGGGCUGCAGCCGGGGGGGGACCCCUCGCUGCCCCCCGCCGCCCCCGGGGCGCCCCCGCGCGCCCCCCCGGACCCGCGGGUGCUGGUGGCCCCCCGCUUCCUGCGCAAGGCCAAGGCCAAACAGCUCGUGCCCCGCAUCCUGGAGGUCCUCCACCGCGUGGGGGCGCUGUCGCCGGCCCAGGCCCAGCUCCGCUUCCUGGAGGCCUGGCAGGCGCUGCCCGGCUUCGGGCUGGCCUACUUCCUCGUGCGGUUCAAGGGCAGCCGCCGGGACGAGGUGUUGGGCGUCGGCCCCUCGCGCCUGCUGCGGCUGGAGCCCGGCACCGGCAGCGUCACCCGCACCUGGCGGUACAGCGCCCUGCGCCAGUGGAACGUCAACUGGGACACCCAGCAGGUGACGCUGGAGCUGGAGGGGGAGGUGACGCUGGCGCUGGGGGUGCUCUCGGCCCCGUGCCGGGUGCUGCACGAGUUCCUGGGGGGGUACCUGUGCCUGGGGGGGCGGCAGCCGGGGCAGCCCCUCGACCUCCGCCUCUUCCACAAGCUCACGGGGGGGCAGGAGCCCCUCUGAGCCCCCCCCCCCGCCCGACCACGUCCUCGUGCAAGGGUUGGGGGGGGUGUCUCGUGCAAGGAGUCCUCAGGCGAGGGUCCUUGUGCAAGAGGGGCUCCCCCCUCCCCCAAUGUGUUGCACCAGCCUCACCCCCUCGCUAUAACCACACACCCCCCGCCCCAAAACACUCGUGCACGCGCGCACACCCCCACACACACUGUGCAAGACACUUGUGAGCAGCGCUCACGGCAGGGAAGUGUUUAUUGGCGUCUGUCGGGCACGAGGGCCCUCGUGCGAGGGCUCCUCACCCCCCUCCUCGUGCGAGGGCUCCUCACCCCCCUCCUCGUGCGAGGGCUCCUCACCCCCCUCCUCGUGCGAGGGCUCCUCACCCCCCUCCUCGUGCGGGGGCUCCUCACCCCCCUCCUCGUGCGAGAGCGUCUCACCCCCCUCCUCGUGCGAGGGCUCCUCACCCCCCUCCUCGUGCGAGGGCCCCCCCAGCGGCAGCAGGCACCCUGGGGGGGGGGGUCAAUAAAGUAUCUGUUACCAUGGCAA